ACGCACAACUUUGGGGGGUAAAGUCCUGUGUACAUUGGGCUCAAAUCACAUGGCAUUUUAAGAAUGCUUCAAAGAUGGCGGUAGCAACGGUAGUUUCUUGUAACAGAGUGCAAAAAAGUGGAUUUUUGGAAGUACUUGUUCGGGACCGAUGGCACAAAGUGUUGGCCAGUUUGAACGAUGAAGCGCUCACGUUAAGCUGUGAGGAACUGGGCGAAAAUGUCAAUCUGAAUGGCAUUACUAACGGAUCUUACGGGAGCAACAGUUCCGACCCCACGAACAGUCCGAAAACUGGUGUGAGGACAGCUUUCACAGAUUUACCAGAACAAGUGCCGGAGGCGAUCGCGAACCGAAAAAGAUGCGUCAAAGUUAUAAAGCAAGAGGUGGGAGGACUCGGAAUAAGCAUCAAAGGUGGCAAAGAGAAUAAGAUGCCAAUACUUAUUAGCAAGAUUUUCAAAGGUCUUGCUGCUGACCAAACUCAAGCCCUUUAUGUUGGAGACGCGAUUCUGUCAGUGAACGGGAUAAAUCUACGGGACGCUACGCACGACGAAGCGGUUCAAGGUCUCAAAAGGGCCGGGAGAGAGGUGACGCUUGAGGUGAAGUACAUGCGGGAAGCCACGCCCUACGUAAAGAAGGGCUCGCCCGUGUCAGAGAUCGGGUGGGAGACCCCGCCUCCCGAGUCUCCUCGCCUCGGCAGCCCCACGUCGGACGUCGCCGUCUCCCCCUCAGUUUCCCUCCAGGGCGACCGGAGACACAUCCCCCUCAAAAUGUGCUACGUCAGCCGGAGUUUGGCCCACCCUGACCCGGAGAACAGGCAGUUGGAACUUCACUCUCCUGAUGCGAGACACACCAUCGUUCUGCGGUGUAAGGACACCGCUACGGUCCAGUCCUGGUUCUCCGCCCUCCAGUCUGUCACCACCAACCUCGCCGCCAGGGUAAUCACAGAGGUCAAAGAGCACAUAGCCAGGUCAGGGGUCGGAGGGAGCAGGGAGAUCCGCCAUCUGGGCUGGCUCGCAGAAAAGCUGCCAACAGAGAAUGAGAGGCAGUGUUGGAGGCCAGUGUUGGCUGUGCUGACAGAGAAAGACCUGUUGCUGUAUGACAGUCUGCCCCGGAUGAGGGAGAGCUGGCUCAGACCCACACACAGCUACCCACUGCUGGCCACACGGCUUGUCCAGUCGGGUCCGGAUAAAGGAUCUCCUGUACCCGGGGGCGAACUGUGCUUUGCCACGCGGACGGGCACACGCCUGGGCAUCGAGACGCACCUGUUCAGAACCGAGUCCUGUAAGGACCUGUCCCACUGGACCCGCCUCAUCAUCAACGGCUGCCACACCUCCGCCGAGCUCAUUAAAGAAGUGACCACCAGCUGUAUGUAUAAGGGUCAGAGCUGCCGUCUGGUGAUUCACUAUGAGCUGGGUUUCUCUGUGCUGACUGACGUGGAGGAGGGAGGCCAGGCCAAAAAACUCUUCAGUUACCCUUUCGAGAAGCUCCGCAUGUCGGCCGACGAUGGCGUGCGCAUGCUCCUCCUCGAUUUUGGUGGGAACGAAGGAGAAAUUCAACUGGACCUGCACUCCUGCCCUAAACCCAUUGUCUUCAUUCUUCACUCUUUCCUGUCGGCCAAAAUCGCACGGCUGGGUCUCCUGGCCUGACUGACCGGCUCUGUGCGGCCACAGCGGACACCAUCAUUCCAAAGCGGACCAAGAGACCGCAGGCGCACAGAGCACCGGACCUGACAAGACUGAGAAAGGGGCAUUGGAUCAGAACCGUCACCAGUCCAAAGUCACCAAAUACACAAAUGACUUUUCAGAGAGGGUUUGUUUUUUGUGCUCAUAUUGUUUGCACAGAUGUUAAUUUACAGUUAAACACAAUUGAUUCUGCAUUUGAUGAUUUCCUGUUUUGUUGUUAGAAAUUGACAGCUUAAGGAUGAACACUAACUUGUUUUGUUUUGUUUUGUUUGGGGGGGAUGGGGUCCUAAAGAUACUGUAAGUAUUAUUUAGCAUCCGUUCCAUACAAGCGUUUUUGUUUGGCAGUAUAACAUAAGUAUUCAGCACUUCUCGUUGUCAAUGUUAAUUCUAACACAUUAAUGACAAAGGUUUGUUUGUAUGACAGCUGUCUGAACAAAUGGAUCUGUCUUACAGUUUUGGCAGCUAACAUGAAUUAAAGUGAGGUUAGUUUUUAAACGCUGUUAACCUACAUAAAUUCAUUUUAAA